AUGUCAAACACUAAUAAUAUAGAUCUUAUUAAUGCAGCUUUUACAGCUGUAAUGGGAAAUAACAAGUAUAUAUCAGAACAAGAACUUCGUGAAAGACAAGCUCGUGGUGAUACUGAUUCGGUUACUUAUAAACCGCUUAAUUUAAAUACAUUUCAUCAAACCAAUUUUGUUGGUAAUAAUUCAAAUAAUGAUCAUAUUGCUAUUAAUGUGAGAACUCUUAAUGAUGAACAUAUAGUUUUACAAUUUAAAAAAGAUGAUACUAUUGAUAUUGUAAAGCAAAAAAUUUUAGAUAAAUUAAAUAUUCCAAUAGAUCAACAAAGAUUAAUUUUUUCUGGUAAACAAUUAGAGAAUAGUAAAACACUUACCGAUUACGAAAUUAAAAAUGAAAAUACAUUACUUUUGGUUUUAUUUCUUCGUGGUUGUAGUGGAGAAGGUGGUGUAGUUUGUUAUUUGAAUUUGAAUGAUUUGGACCCACAAUAUGAUCGUGAUUUUACAAAUAUUAAUGAUACAGGUGUAACAUCUAUGCGAGGCGAUGUGCAAUAUAAACGACCAUAUGGAUGGAAACGUAUAGCCUUGAGAGUUGCCGGAAAAUAUGAUAAUGGUGACGAUAAAUGGCUUGGUAACAAUAAUGAAUCCUGGGCAGUGUCAUAUCAUGGUACAGCUAAGCAUAAUGCAAAAUCAAUUUCUGAGGAUGGUUAUUUAUUGAGCAUGGGAAGACGUUUUGCUUAUGGAUAUGGCAUUUAUUCAACACCUAACAUACACAUAGCUGAACAGUAUGCACAGGCAUUUGAGUAUCAAGGACAUAGAUACGUGAUAGUAUUUCAAAAUCGUGUAAAUCCUGUUAGUUUAAAGAGGUUUCCUGUUGGAGGUGGCGAAUAUUGG